GUACCAAAAUAAAAUAUAAAAAACCGGCUAAGUGCGAUUCGGACUCACGCAAAAAGUGUUAACCUACCUGUAUUGUUGAUCAAGAUGCGCUUUUUCAAUCCUCUUAUCUUUUGCUCGUCUGUUUUGAAACCAUAUCUUGACUUGGGUUUCACUUAGAGACAGUGCCGAUGCUAAUUCACACCUGUUCACAUAGAAAAUAACAAUCUAUUAAGACAACAUUUUGUGUCGCUCUAGUAAAAUGCCACGUUUUAAAGGUGUCAAAUGAAUCUCAGACUUAUGAUGAAAUUUGAAAACAGUAUGGUGUCACAAUUAUCAAUCGUUGCGACGUCUUCAGUACUUUACCACUUCAUUUUAUUCCGCAAUCUACCUAUAGUGUGAACUGAAAUAAGCGCUCAAGCCUGAGGGUCUGAUGUGCGGAGAAGGUGGUCCGCUGUCUCCGAGGGCGACUUUCCUUCCGACGUCUUCGGGCUACUGAAAAAACAUAUCUAAAUAUAUAAAAGAGGACUCUGAUUCUGAUUGGCUGGCAUAUGAAAACACAGGCCAAACCACAAUGAACAUUUCCCCAUGACACAGUGUGGAGUUUGGCUCGCCAUGCAUAGAAACGCUGGAUUGCUGACCACUAUAUGCAUCUUAUUAUGUUUUGCUGCUAACUAUACAUUUCCUUUGAACAGGGACUUCAAAUGGCCCAAGAUUAGUUUUGGAAGAAAUAAUACACAUUCCUGUGAGCCCUUAGAUCAUAUUGGCACAAGUAUUGUGGACAGGACAAAAAAAAUGACGACUAAUAUAGAAGAUGUUAUGAAAAAAGUUAAUGCUUCCGCUCAAGAGGUUUACCAUAGCGCUAUGGAGAACAAGAGACUGAGCGACGAAGAUUUACGUCAAUACGAGCAACUAGUCAUCAUGAAGAAAUAUCCUUACUUAGAUCUGAAAGAACUAGAGUACAAAUAUAAUUCUGCUGGUAAAAAUAUAAGGCAAAGCUUCAAAGAUGAGCCUAGUGGUAUUAAUGUUGAUACACAUGAUCCUGGCUUAUGUGAACCACCGGAUAAUAUAAACGUGGAGGUAUUUAAUAGAGGCCUAUCAGGAUUCACUAUCCCGAAGAAAUUUAUAAAAGGUCUCAGUACGAUCACUAAAGUAAAAGAAAAUGAUUUGAAGGCAAUCCAAGAAAAAAUCGAACAAAACAAGGAUAGCAAAUCCCAUGAUGACUUACGUAGUCUAAGACACUAUAUUGAAGCGUACUUAUUAUAAAACCAAUAAAUAAAAUUGUUUUAAUAAGUAUUUCAUAAGUUUAAUUUUGCAUUAACCUUACUACCUUGCUAAUGACGGCCUCAGUGGCGCAGCGGUAGUGCGCUUGUCUGUGACACCGGAGGUCCCGGGUUCGAAUCCCGGCCAGGGCAUGAUGAGAAACGAACUAUCUCUGAUUGGCCUGGGUCUUGGAUGUUUAUCUAUAUAAGUAUUUAUUAUAAAAUAGAGUAUC